GUGACGUAGCAAAAGAAACAAACGCCGUCCACCAGCUUUUUUCUCUCUCUCCCAUUCAUGUCGCUGGUGUAACGUUAGCAGUCCACACACACGCACAGACAAGACACCCACGCUCACAUUCUGACCCGAACACAGAAAAAAAAACAACCUCAGAUUCAUAGGAACGCUCGUAACUUUGCACAGACGCAGCCACCAUGGCGGAAGCUCACCAGGCGGUGGCUUUUCAGUUCACCGUCACUCCGGAUGGCAUCGACCUGCAGCUGUGCCACGAGGCUCUGCGCCAAAUCUACCUCUCUGCUCUUCAUUCGUGGAAAAAAAGAUUCAUUCGUUUCAAGAAUGGAGUUAUGACUGGAGUGUACCCAGGCAGCCCUGGUGGUUUCAUGGUUGUGGUCGUAUCUUACAUGUCAUACAAUAAAUACAACCUGUUGGAUCCAUCUCUUGGUUUGAUUUCCAAAUUGGGACAACACAUGCCUAUAAGCAAAUAUAUGUGUACAAACAGUCAGCAGAUUGUGGGCGGAGUGCUGGUGGGCACAGGUCUAUGGGUGACCAUAAUCAUGGUAAUGAGGAAUGUCCUCAAGUGCUUGUUGUCAUGGCAUGGAUGGAUGUAUGCAAGCCACGGCUCUGUAUCCUUUUCCACUCGACUGUGGAUGUUGUUAGUAAAGGUGUUCUCUGGAAGGAAACCAAUGCUCUAUAGCUUCCAGAAUUCUUUGCCUCGGCUGCCUGUUCCGUCUGUCCAGGAUACCUGCACGAGGUACCUGGAGUCAGUCCGCCCACUUAUGGAUGAUGAAAAGUAUGAGCGGAUGAAGAGCCUGGCAAAGGACUUUGAGAUGAAUCUGGGGCCGAGACUGCAGUGGUACGUCAAACUGAAGUCGUGGUGGACCUCAAAUUAUGUCAGUGACUGGUGGGAAGAGUAUAUUUACCUUAGAGGUCGAGGGCCCAUCAUGGUCAACAGCAACUACUAUGCAAUGGACUUCCUAUAUGUGUUCCCAACCUCCAUUCAGGCUGCCAGAGCAGGUAAUGCCAUUCACGCAAUCAUGCUCUACAGAAGGAAGCUGGACCGAGCCCAGAUCAAACCGAUAUACUUGCUGGCAAACAAGGUCCCUCUGUGUUCGGCUCAGUGGGAGCGGAUGUUUAACACUACCCGCGUCCCUGGUUUGGAGACAGACAUCCUUCAGCACAUGAAUGACAGCAAACACAUAGCAGUGUACCACAAGGGCCGCUUUUUCAAGGUGUGGAUGUUUUACGACGGACGGCUGCUUUUGCCGCGAGAGAUCGAGCAGCAGAUGGAGAGAAUCUUGGCUGACAAGUCUGAGCCCAUGCCAGGAGAGGAGAAGCUUGCUGCCCUUACUGCAGGAGAGAGAACCCCGUGGGCACAGAGACGUGACGCCCACUUCAGCCGCGGGAGGAACAAGCAGUCCCUGGAUGCCAUCGAGAAGGCUGCCUUCUUUGUGACUCUCGAUGACACAGAGCAACGUUUCGACCAAAGCAACCCAGUGAAGUCUCUGGAUAGUUACGCCAAGUCCUUGCUCCAUGGAAAGUGCUACGACAGGUGGUUUGAUAAAUCCUUUAAUCUGAUAGUUUUUAAGAAUGGCACCAUGGGUCUGAAUGCAGAGCACUCUUGGGCCGAUGCUCCGAUCAUUGGUCAUCUGUGGGAGCACGUGCUCUCAAUGGAUCCCUUUAAGCUGGGAUAUACCGAUCAGGGGCACUGCUGCGGGGAGCCCCAUCCCAACCUGCCUUCACCCCUGAGGCUGCAGUGGGACAUUCCUUCUGAGUGCCAAGAAGCCAUCGAGACAUCGCUGACAGUUGCCACGACACUGGCUAAUGAUGUGGACAGCCACAUUUUCCCUUUCAAUGACUUUGGGAAGGGUCUCAUCAAGAAGUGCCGCACCAGUCCUGAUGCCUUUAUCCAGAUUGCCCUGCAGUUGGCUCAUUACAGGGACAAAGCAAAGUUCUGCCUGACCUAUGAAGCCUCCAUGACCCGUUUGUUCCGUGAGGGCCGAACCGAAACGGUCCGUUCUUGCACCAUGGAGACGUGCGCCUUUGUCCAUUCCAUGAUCAGAAAUGAGACCAGAGAAGAACGUCUAAACUUGCUGAAACUUGCAGCAGAGAAGCACCAAAACAUGUACCGCCUGGCUAUGACGGGCAAGGGAAUCGAUCGCCACCUGUUCUGUCUUUACGUGGUUUCCAAGUACCUGGGAGAAGACUCGGCUUUCCUUAAGGAGGUCCUGUCCGAGCCGUGGAGGUUAUCCACCAGUCAGACACCUCUGCAGCAGGUGGAACUGUUUGACUUGGUCCAACACCCUGAAUAUGUGUCGUCUGGAGGAGGAUUUGGACCAGUGGCGAAUGACGGUUACGGUGUGUCUUACAUCAUUGUCGGGGAAAACCUAAUCAACUUCCACAUCUCCAGCAAACACUCCAGCCCAGAAACGGACUCUCACCGCUUUGGCGCCAACAUCCGACGGGCCAUGUUGGACAUGCUGGACCUUUUCCAACUCGACAAGAAAGCAUCCAAGUGAUGUCCUAUCUCCUUUUCAACACGAAUUGCUGAUUCUUCCUAAAGCUGUACAGAAUCAAACAUAAGGUUGGAUGAUUUAACUUCAUGUCAUAGAAGGGGUGUAAAAAAAAAAAAAAAAUUGAAUGACUGGGAUGUAUUCUUUACAAACCUUGCUUUCAUUUUAUGUGUGAGGUGUAUGCGUGUACACUGUACGCAUAUUGCAACGAUGGAUUGUAGUGGCCGUGCACAGAUAGUUUCUAUUUACAGGACUGUAUGCAGCAGUGCCUUAGCGACGACCCGCUUGUGUAAAAAGGGCAGUAAAAGGGAGGAGAGAUUAGAUGGGAGUUUGAUCCGAGCGGUAGAAUAUUUCAAUAUUUAAGGUUUGACGUUGCAAUGUGGUGCAGGAGGAGCUCCUUCUGCUUUUGUGUUUUAAUGUCUUUAGUUGCACACGACUCUGCCCUUAGCUCGUCACACUUCAACGGUUGCAAUCUGCUGAUUUUUAUCUUUAAAAGGGAAACUUCACUUUUCUAAAAAAAAAAAUGUUGCCUAUCAUGUACAAUCCUUAUGAGACAAGAACACGUACGGUAUCCAUCCAUCCAUCCAUCUAUUUCCUACCGCUUGUCCCUUUUGGGGGCGCUGGAGCCUAUCUCAGCUGCAUUCAGGCGGUAGGCGGGGUACACCCUGGACAAGUCACCACCUCAUCGCAGCACAUACAGUAUGUCUUUUUUAAUGCAUGCUAACUUGUAAAUUAAAGUCUGCUUAUAUUGCAGUCAACGGGACGUCAUCUAUCAUAAAACCCAAAAAAUAACCAUCCAAAAAGCGCUAACCAUACUCCAUUUACAUUUCAAGACCUUAUAUAUUAGCCAAGUAUUAAACAUAUUGCGCUAAUGUUAAAGACCUAUAUUGAGUGGAGCGUUGAUCAGAGAGAUGUCACUUCCUUAUUCUGCUGUAUUGACAUCAGCUAGUGAGCUGCUUUCUCGCCUCGGAGCUCGGGAAAGUUUAUUCCAAAAUAUAAAUCAUGCUUCUCACCUUCAUAGUAAAAAGACGUGGACAUAAACUGAGAAGUUGGUAUACCUCUGACAGCCAAUUUAUACCCGGAAAUGGCAAAAAAAGACUCGAAAAGACGCUGGUUUACAUCAUCCAUCCAUCCAUUUUCUACCGCUUAUUCCCUUUUGGGGUCGCGGGGGGCGCUGGCGCCUAUCUCAGCUACAAUCGGGCGGAAGGCGGGGUACACCCUGGACAAGUCGCCACCUCAUCGCAGGGCCGGUUUGCAUCAUCUAAACGGGAAUAUAAUAACAUCUUAACAGUUGGCAUCCUAGUGACAGCCAACAUUGUACAGUAAGUGAUGUUUUAUUAUGAAGUCUGCAGUGCGUAAUUAUCCUAAUUAUAUAUAUGUAAUGCGUUUUUUUUUUUAACACGCCGAUGUAUGCUUAAAAUGAAUCAAAAUACGUCAAUAUGAGAUUAUGAAUGUGCCCGUUACUACAUAUAUUCUUACAGAGUGUAUAUAAAAUACUGAUGGAAGUGUUUGGAUGUUUAUUUUAAGCUCAUUUUAGGCAAAAUAGAGUGCCUCCUAUUACGCCCAUUGUGAGCGGGACAAGUUAAAAUGCAUCCAUCCAUUUACCUACCGCUUGUCCCUUUUGGGGUCGCUGGAGCCUAUCUCAGUUGUAUUUGGGUGGUAGGCGGGGUAUACCCUGGACAAGUCGCCACCUCAUCGCAGCACAUACAGUAUGUCUUUUUUAAUGCAUUCUAACUUGUAAAUUAAAGUCCGCUUAUAUUGCAGUCAACGGGACGUCAUCUAUCAUAAAACCCAACAAAUAGCCAUCCAAAAAGCGCUAACAUUUACAUUUCAUGACCUUAUAUAUUAGCCAAGUAUUAGCAUAUUGCGCUAACGUUCAGGACUUAUAUUUAGCGGAGCGUUGAUCAGGGAAAUGUCACUUAUGCUCCUGUAUUGACAUCAGCUAGUGAGUCGCUUUCUCGCCUUGGAGCUCGGGAACGUUUAAUCCAGAUUAUAUAUCACGCCUCUCACCUGGAUAGUAAAAAGACGUGGACAUAAACUGAGAAGUUAUGUCCAAUUUAUACCCGGAAAUGGCAAAACAAAAGAAUCGUAAAGACGCUUGUUUGCAUCAUCUAAACGGGAAUAUAACAUCUUCUUAAAAGUUGGCAUCCUGGUGACAGCCGACAUUGUACAGUAAGUGAUGUUUUAUUAUGAAGUCUGCAGUGCGUAAUUAUCAGUGAUGUUAAAUGAAGAGUCGGACGUUGUGAUGCGUUUUUUUUUAUUAUUUAACACGUCGCUGUAUGCUUAAAAUGGGCAAAAUACGUCAAUAUGAGAUUACAUACAGAGUGUAUAUAAAAUACUGAUGGAAGUGUUUGGAUGUUUAUUUUAAGCUCAUUUUAGGCAAAAUAUAGCGCCUCCUAUUACGCCCAUUGUGAGCGGGACAAGUUAGAAUCCAUCCAUCCAUCCAUUUUUUGUCCCUUUUGGGGUCGCUGGAGCCUAUCUCAGCUGCAUUCAGGCAGUAGGUGGGGUACACCCUGGACAAGUCGCCACCUCAUCGCAGACAAGUUAGAAUGCAUUAAAAAAAAAGAAAAAACAUGUAUUUUUGUCUUCCAUAAGGAUUGUGAACGAUAGGUCAAAUUCCAAAAAGCGUGGUUCCCCUUUUAGCGUUUGAAUACUCCAAAUCAGGAGUUCGAUUCCUGCAAAUAUCAAGUGAGCUCUGGUGUCCUUUUCUGAUUCAUGCGCACACAUGAAACGUGAUUGUACGGUACAGCGACUAACGUUUGCGUUGUUCCUAUCCUCCGUUUAGACUGACUUGUACUUGUGCGGCAGCCCUGGUAGAAAAUGCAGUAUUUUGAUGAGACAUUUGCUCAUGUUGUCCGUGCAUAUUUGCAAUCAUCAUGCAGGUGUGUCCAUCGCUCCAGCCCAAACACGCCCAUAAAGAGAGGUGCUGUCAUGCAUAGGAAUGCAUUUUAUUAUGGAUAUGUUGUCAGUACGUUUUAUUUAUUUGUAUCUCUUAACUUCUUGAGGCGUACAGCAAACGGAUUUAGACGGUCUCUUUCCACAUUUAUGCUGACACGGAUCUUUUUUGGCGAUGUGUUUUAGUUGUAUGACUCAUAAGAGUAGACGUCAUGUUUACACUGCUGCAUGGUGUGUUUUUUCUUUUUUUCUUUUCUGGAAAUAAUGCUGUAUAUGUUUGCUUCUAAUUUAAGAUUACAGAUGACAUGCAGCUGGUACAAACCGAAAGAGGUUUAACAAUAAAGUGAAUGUCAGACAGCUGUAUGAAC